UUACAUUGAAUGAAUCAGUCAUUCUCGCAACAUGAACCGCGGCGGACGUACGCGCGGGAAACAGUGUAGUCGCACGUAAACUUAUUUAACUUUCACUUAUGUUGUAACUUGUAAACAUUGUCCAAGGCUCUUUAAUAAAAUUUAAGAUACAAAUUCAUAAAAUCAUUCCAAUCAAAUUCACAAAGUGAAUGAAUAUAAAACAGGAAUCAGUGCAGUUUAAAGUGAAGAGACUGUGACAGUGAAAAUAGUUGUUCCAUUUUAUUACCAGUGUUUAUCAAUCAGUUUUCAUACUGGACUCUUCUAAAUUUAACCGGGAGUUUACCUUAAACAAUGGGUAAAGAUUAUGGAGAGCCGAUAAGAUACGACCCCGACUUCAACGGACCUAUUCACAAUCGUUCCUGCACUGACAUCAUCUGGCUAAUCAUCUUCAUCCUAUUCCUAGGAGGAUGGGGUUACGUCGGCUAUUACAGCAUAAAACACGGCAACGUCGAGAACUUAUUAGCGCCAAUAGACACCGAAGGUCGACGGUGUGGGCUCGACGCUGGCCUUGAGAAUCGCAGGAACCUACUGUUCUUCAACAUUGUGAAGUGUCUGGCACCGGGGACACCUAUUACGGGAUGUGCGACGAGACAGGUCUGCGUUUCACAAUGUCCCUCCGAAACAAUUUUGUUCGAGAAAGACAUAAAGACCAAUCCUUCGUCAUUCAACACACUGAGAUCCAAAAUGGUGUGUACAUAUGACAUAGACGUCCAGACUCUUACUGCUGACAAAGCUCUGGAAUACAUAGAACAGGACAAAUGCGCCAGUUUCAUAAUACCGAGUCAACCAGUUCUGUUCCGCUGCAUCGGCGACCUAUCACCGCUGCAGUGCAAAGACACGACGGGCAAAAGCAAAUGGACAGGGAAUAGCGACACGUGCGUUCGCAAUCCAGAGGAGGCCCGAAAGUCCCUGCUCAAUCAGGCCACGGCCCUCGACUCGUACAUCGGCUGGAUCGCGGCCAGCUGGGUGACCUUCUUUACGAGGGACGAACGAGAGACCCAUGUACUAUCAGCACAGAUCGUGCAGGAUCUAGUGCAGUCGCGAUGGUUCAUGGCCGGGGCUCUGGUGGCCGUGGUGAUAGUCUGCUUCAUCUACAUCCUGCUGCUGCGGUACGUCAUCACACCCGUGGUGUGGAGCAGCAUCGCUGGACUGUUCGCUUUACUUGGAUUUUGUAUAUAUAUGUCGUAUAAACAGUACGAGCACUUCAAAGCGAAUCCGGUGGGCCUGUACCAAACGACCAACUUGAAGGGCUACGUUCAGUCCAUAUUUUCGAAGCACGAGACAUGGAUGGUCAUUCUUAUCGCUCUUGCGGUAUUCUUUGUUAUUCUGUUGCUGGUUAUUGUGUUUCUCAGAAGCCGCAUUACUAUUGCAAUUGCUUUGAUAAGGGAAGGAAGCAAAGCUGUGACCUCCAUCAAGUCAACAGUUAUUUUUCCAAUAUUUCCCUGGUUACUGCAAUGUGCUGUUAUCGCCUAUGGUGUACUAGUACUUAUGUACUUGUUGUCUAUUGGAGAUUCUACAUUUCGAAUUGUGAAUAUCAGAAACGAUACCAGUUGCACCUGUAAUGGCGUUUACACAGAGGAAGGGCAGUCGUGUAAUCCAGCCACAUUCAUCGAGAAGUGUCACGACACAAGCAACACAUUGAAGCCGUGUAGUUUAGCGACUUGUCAUUUUACCGGCAUCGAGAACCCUACAUCCGUGAAUUUGAUGCUUUUCGUCAACUUACUGGGAUUUUUCUGGCUGAUGUUCUUCAUCAGUGGUGUGGCGGACAUGAUGCUGGCCAGCACCUUCUCCACGUGGUACUGGACCUUCCGCAAGAAAGACCUCCCCUUCUUCACACUCACCUCAGGGAUCUAUAGGACGGUUAGGUAUCACCUCGGCACAGUCGCUUUUGGAGCGCUCAUCAUAGCAAUAGUGCGCGUCAUCCGAGUAAUAUUGGAGUACAUAGAUAGAAAAGUGAAGAAAUUCGACAACCCAUUUACCAGGGCCAUCAUGUGCUGCUGCAAAUGCUUCUUCUGGUGCUUGGAGAGUUUCCUCAAGUUUAUAAACAAGAAUGCUUACAUAAUGUGCGCUAUUCAUGGCAAGAACUUCUGUAGGAGUGCCAGCGAUGCGUUUUCAUUGCUCAUGAGAAACAUUGUGAGGGUCGUCGUACUAGAUAAGGUUGCAGAUUUCCUGUUCUUCCUGUCGAAACUGUUAAUAUCUAUCGGGGUGGGAGUGGCUGUGUACUAUCUCCUACAGUGGAACUACGUCUACGAGAUAACGGAGGGCCAACGGCUACAUUACAACUACGUGCCAGCCAUCAUCCUCGGUAUCGCCACGUACCUCAUAUGCACGAUAUUCUUCAACGUCUACUCCAUGGCGGUCGAUACAUUGUUCCUAUGCUUCCUUGAGGACUGCGAGAGGAACGAUGGAUCACCGGAAAAACCAUAUUUCAUGUCCAAAAAUCUAAUGAAAAUAUUGGGCAAGAGAAAUUCGAAACCCAUAGCGCAUAGUAAAUAAUAGACCACACUCUACACUGUGCCAAGCAAGACUUCAAGUCAAUUUGCCAAAAUAUUUUACUAAACUAGCUUUAAGGGCUCAAUUUUUAUAAAUAUUUACUAAAUUAUUUGAUAAAUGUUUUAACACAAAAUACAGUAUUUUAGA